AAAAAAAGGUUUGAGUUGAGGAGUCUAGGGCCCAAGUAGUUUAACCCAACCCCUGACAGGUCGAAGGGAGGGGCCAAGCGAAGGGAAAGGGUUAGGCAUCAUUCAUACACUGAACGAACGCUCAGCUCAGUCAGGUGCCGGCGUUCCUCUUUCACGUUCUCAUGGAAAACGACGACGUCGACAUGCACGCUGCCGACACCAGCGAAGAAUUGGAUGACAUGAAGAAGCGCUUGAAGGAGAUGGAAGAUGAAGCUGCUGCUUUGCGAGAGAUGCAGGCCAAGGUCGAGAAGGAAAUGGGAUCUGCGCAAGAUCCUGCAAAUGCUUCUGCGAGUCAGGCCAAUAAAGAGGAAAUAGAUUCUCGAUCAGUCUUUGUAGGCAAUGUCAUGCUUCCAUCUACAAGUUUUCUGGUUUUGUAAUGCUGCAGUUGAAAGUAUAUGAUAUAUAGUUGAAGGAGGAAAAAUAAUAGUAAUGUAUGACAUUAACAAAAGGAGUGGAAAAAUAAAAUAUACAACACAAAAAAAACAUUGAUGGAUAGAGGAGAGGACAAAAGUGUUAAAAAAUUAUUUGUUGAGGAAAAUGAUGUCAAUGAGUGAAUUUGCAUAUUUUUCUUAUGGAAUGAGGAAAAGAAAGAAACAAAUAAUAAAGAAAAAUAAAUAAAUACGAAGGUGUCUACAAUCAAAGGUGAAAAGGAAAACUCUUUAACUAGGUUUUUUUUUUUCCUUUCUUUUAUUAGUAUAGAUUCCAAAGUUUUUGCAAUGAGAUGGGAUUGACAGGAAAUCAAUUAUGGGUUAGAUUGGAUAUCAAGAAUCUGGACUCCUACUGGUGAGAAGAGGACAUGCUCUUUGGGUACAAGUACAAUACGAUGCAUGAAUAUUUGUCAUUUGAUUUAAAAUCCAAAGGAAACUUACUGUGGUGCUUAGUGCUCAAGUAAUAUGUAGGCUUUUUUUUCUCAUGUUGAGGGAUUGUUGUCAUUCGCCUUUUCUACUUUGGGAUUUCUUUUAAAAUAUUGGCCUUUUCUACUUUGGUGCACUUCAGUGAGUAGGGUUCUCAAAAUCCUAGGUCCUCCCUAGGAUUGGACAAGGGAGGUAGAAAUGUAAAAUUAUAUUGCUUUUAUAUAUAUAAAGACAUAAAACAAAUAAGGAAUAAUAACAAUAAUAAUAAAAUUACACUCACAGGUAGCAUUUAAGUAUCUUCGAAUUCAAAAUGCAUAAUAGAUUUGAGUUUCUAUGGUUAUUUACUAGCCUUAUGAAAAACAGACUUCUUGAUGACAUUUUUGAUGAGAAAAAACUGAAAUUAAGUGGUAGAAGCAAGGAAUGCAAAGGCAUCACCCACAGACCAGCAAAGCUCUGAAACUUUGCAAGUGCACUAAAGUAUCACAGACAAAUCAGUUGAUAAUGGAAACAGAAGUUAGUUGCAGGUGCAGAAGCCAGCCCAGUUACCAUUCACUCAGAAACAGAGGUUUCCAAAUCACACAAGGCAUCACAUCCCAGUACCCAUCAAGUUGCUCAAGAUCGUAGCAGAGCUUCAAAUGACACAGCAGCAGCAAUGGUGGACUAUUCAUGCACUCCUGAAGAAGUGCAACAGCAUUUUCAGUCUUGUGGAACAGUAAACAGAGUCACCAUUCGAACUGAUAAGUUUGGCCAACCCAAGGGUUAUGCCUAUGUUGAGUUCCUUGAGGUGGAGGCUGUUCAGGAGGCCCUUUUGCUGAAUGAAUCUGAACUUCAUGGGCGCCAAUUAAAGGUAACGGCUAAAAGGACCAACAUACCAGGGAUGAAACAGUAUCGUCCCCGUCGGACCAUCAAUCCUUACAUGGGGGGGUUUCGAGGCAGAACCCCAUAUGCACCUCCCUUUAUCUACUCUCCAUAUGGAUAUGGAAAGGUUCCAAGGUUCAGAAUGGCAAUGCGCUACAGCCCCUACUAUUGAAAGUCCAAUUCUGGUAGGAUGGACUGAAUGACGCCUUUCUUCCCCCCUAGUAGUAUAUCAUGGUCGGAGUUUUGGCCAUUGAAUAUGAGGGAGGGAAAAUCCAACCAGUUCUGUGAGGAUUAAGCGUUGACUUAUCAGCAAACCUUGUAAAAUUGUGGUGUUUGCCCCUGCUUUGCUUUAUUAUCGGUAUAUUAAAUUAAGUUCUUGUACAAGUAUCCUUCGUAAGUGUGGUUAAUACAUGGGUUUUGGGUUUAUCUAUUUUUGA